AUGAGGGUCUGGUCCGCAUCACACCACGGGAUAUUAGCCAUUUUCUUGAAUCACGUUUUGAAACGUUACUAUUCUACAGCCAUGUGGCCACUAACGGAAGAGAUGGAGACUGGGGAAGAUGUAGUUCACAACGAAGUUCCUGGACCUAGCUCUUCUAUCAAGAGCAAAUGUGGGCCCUCUUCAGCCACCAAGGUAUCUGCUUGUCCUUCUGAAUUGGUUAGUUCUAAUGAAAGCUGA